UUGCGUGGUGACUGCCUCCGCUUUUUACGCGAUGUCCCGCUAUGCGGCUCUGGACACACGGAAGGCUCGACCGGAAUCGUCUGACCGGUCUGUUGAGGGGCAAUGCCAUUGGCGUUCAGCCUGCUUCGUUGUCAACGCAUUACUAUGCACCAAGAGAGCGGGCAACCAUUGCCUUGCGCCACCUCAUAUGUACACUGCAUGUCGCCUGAGUUCAUCACAUAACCCCUGUACUGUCCCGUCGUGGGGGCCAGGGUAAAGCCGCAGUCGUACACACUUGGUGACGAUUACCCAGCCUUUCGACUCUUCUUCCUGCUCAAAACUCAUGCUUCGUUCACUGCGUCGUUCAGUAUUUUCAUCCCUUCACAGACCGAACCUGCGAUCAACGAUGUCCACGUUUCCUACUGCGACGCUUACUCGCGUCGGAACGAUUCCGUACUAUGUCCCAUCGAGCUUAGCGCCAAUACCCGCAGAUUCCCGCCGCCUGAUCUUUGGCAACGCGCCUGAUUUCAGCGACGGGCCUCUCCCAAUAUCUUUGUUGGUCUUCGAAGACGCAACGCAUGCCUCGCAUUCAGUCCUGUCCUCAACCGUCAACUCUUGGCUCCAGACAGACGAUGUAUUCAAUGCGGAUUUUCUUCAACAUGUGUACUUCCUAUUCCUCACGCAGACUGAUGCAUUUGAUCUGGACGAGUCGAGCAUCGGCAUACUGAACGACUGGAAGACUCAAAGCGUACAUGCUGUGUCGGUGAACUCGACUGCGCACGAUGAUAGUUUUCGUGGUGGGCCAUAUUUUGCCUCGAAUGUUGGCAUUCGGGAAGCAUGGCGUUUGUUCGAAGACGCCAACGAAGCUUUCCAGUUUCCAGUGGUUCCAGAUGAGCAUAGAGACAAUACAUUCAACAUCCCCGGAACAGCUGCUGUUCCAGUUCCCAGUCGUUGCUAUUAUGAUCGACCUUCCAAUACCAAGCCUCUAUCUGGCAUGAGAAUAGCUAUCAAGGAUAAUAUUGAUCUGAAAGGGGUGCGAACAAGCGCCGGUAACCGUGCCUAUCAAGCUCUCUAUGCAGAGAAAGCACGUAGCGCUGUGUGUGUUGAGAAGCUUAUAGAGGCCGGGGCAGUGAUUGUAGGAAAAACAAAGACAGUUCAAUUCGCUUCCGGAGAAAAUGCCCGGGAUUGGAUUGACUUUUUUCCGCCCUUCAGUCCUAGGGGCGAUGGGUAUCAAGACCCUGGUUGCAGUAGCGCGGGAAGCGCCACUGCAGCAUCGGCGUACGACUGGAUAGACGCCACUUUGGGAACCGAUACAUUUGGGAGUGUGGUAGGUCCUGCGGCUGAUCAUGGCGUAUUUGGACUUCGACCUUCUUUAGGGAGCAUAUCGACGGAGGGCACCGUACCAGUCUCAAAGCUAAUCGAUACGGUCGGCUUCUUCACACGCAGCAUUCAGAUAGCUACGGCUCUGUCUCGAACGUUGGGUGCUCGCGACAUUACCAGCAACUUGUGCGCGGCCAGUAUCGAGCUGUUGUACCCUACUGAUGUCUUCUCCGGAUCCGACGAGAUGUAUCUAUCUCAUAUUGAGCCUUUCAUACGCCAUUUGGAAGAAUUUCUCCAGGCCAAACGGAAGAAGCUUGACGUGGACGGCCUUUUCAGGCAACAAGCUGUCGUUGGUGGGAGCUCACUGAAGGAGUACCUAGAUACCACCGUUGCUCAUAUUCAGCUGUACGACUGCUACCAGAACUGCCUACCAUUCCUCCGCGACUACAAACAAAUCUUUCACAAGAAGGCAUUCGCCGACCCGUAUAUCGAGUACAAAUGGUCUCUUGGCAAGAACCUCACGGUAGAACAAUAUGAGCAAGCCGUCAAGGAGCGAAACACCUUUGGAGAUUGGAUGCGUACUGCCAUACUACCGCAACCAUCCGAUGGAAAGACUUUAGACAAGAUACUCAUCUUUCCGAACGGAGACACCGAACCCUUCGAUCGACAUGAGUAUCUCAAAAGAUCACUGGAGGAAGGCGCGAGCAAGAAGCAAGGCUUUGGAUAUAAGCCAAAUGUUAUGGCUGUUCUUGCGGGCUUGCCAUUCUUCACCAUUCCCUAUGGCCAGUAUCCGUAUAAAUCGGCAGUUACGGGUAACGUAGAAUACCUCCCUGGUGCCAUUGCCGUAGUAGGCCCACAAGGGAGUGAAAGCGCCAUGCUCGAGCUUCUCCAAGAGUUUUUGGAACGAACUCCCGAGAUGCGUGAUACUGUGUUGACCGGGCCAACUUCGUUUCCGGUGGAUCAUAAAGCGUCUCCUUCGCUUUGAAGCCAGAGGGUGAUUAAGGCGUAUACACUUGUUCCCGGUUCAUAUAUAGACAUCUGCGCUGGAUUAGUUCCUAUACUCUUCUUGUAGCACGACUCGCGUGCAGGAGACUCUGUCAAUGGAGACGCGUCUGCUACCACUGAGCACUAUAUCGCGUGACGGAGCGUUAAGACAAGUACAUGAGAUGAAGCAAGUGGGUAUCAUCAAAGAAGUGUUCAAGUCCAGUUUAGCCCUCUACUGGUAUCGAAAAGGUCGUACAAUAAGGGUGAAUGUAAGCGACGGAGCGUAAUGAACAUCCUCAAAUAGAGCGUGAACCAAGCUUUGGUGAAUACAAUAAUCGCUCGCUCGCAUCACUGAAGUAA